AUGACCAUAUUGGCUGAAGUCGGGCAACUGUUAACUAUCGUCCAUCCGUUCCUACGCGACGUAUACAUGCUCAUCUUUGCCAUUUAUUUCGCACAGUGGGCAUACAUCCAGCGUUACAGCUUCGGUCGUGUCCAUCCCGUGGCACACUUCGAUGAACUGAAUCUGCUGACUCUGCCAAGAACCACCGGCUAUUGCAUGGACUGCUGCGGGCCGAUAGAACCGCCGACGUUGUGGGUGAGAGACGGUAAUGUACAGGAAAGGUCAGGACAAGUACGAAAAAGCAUUAUCAACGACGAGCGAAGUGAAGCAAUGAUAUCGACUACUGAAAGCAAGGAAUUUGAAGAGAAAAGAAGAAAGCUGUAUGAAAACCAAGCCAUCACUGCCAGAAAGUUGUACGAAACCAUGAUGAAGGAAGAGAAAUCUCAUCCUUCUGCAUUCAUCAAGACAAGGAAAUAUUUGGACGUAGAUUUGGAGCUGUGCCACCGUGCCAAGUUCCUUAUGGCGCAGAUGUCAAAGAGCAGCGUUGAUGCAUAUAUGCGCAAGUACACCUCGCAGAAAAACUAUGCUUGGAGGAAGAUAUCUCCAGGUCUCUACCUGAUGAAAGUAAGGCACUAA